CAUCGCCCCGAACGUUCAGUUAUAGAGGAAACCUCUUAGAUGCAAAAUGUCCAAGUUGAUUCUGUAUGGAACGGAGGCAAGUCCUCCGGUUCGGGCUGUCAAACUGACCUUGGCCGCCCUUGCGGUUCCUUACGAAUACGUAAAAAUAAACACCCUGGCCAAGGAGACUCUUUCCCCGGAGUUCCUGAAGAAGAAUCCCCAGCACACGGUGCCCACCCUGGAGGACAAUGGCCACUUCAUCUGGGACUCGCAUGCAAUCAGUGCCUAUCUGGUGUCCAAGUACGGCAAGAGCGACAGCCUCUAUCCGAAGGAUCUUCUUCAACGGGCUGUGGUGGAUCAGCGAUUGCACUUCGAAUCCGGAGUGGUUUUUAUGUACGGACUGAGAAGCAUCACAAAGCCACUUUUCGCCUCUGGCCAGACUACAAUCCCCAAGGAACGUUACGAUGUCGUCAAAGAAAUCUACGACUUCGUGGAGACCUUCCUCAACGGGCACGAUUAUAUUGCUGGAAAUCAGUUGACAAUUGCGGAUUUUAGUCUCCUCACAUCGAUUACCGCGCUAGCGGUAUUUGUAAAAAUCGAUCCGAUUAAGUAUUUCAAAAUCACAGAAUGGCAUAAGACGCUAGAAGAACUUCCUUACUUCGAGGAGGCAAAUGGCAAAGGUGCCCGAGAGUUGGUCACCCUUCUAGAGAAGUUUAAUUUUACCUUCUCAUCUUAGUGAUUUUCUCACUUUUAAAAAAAUAAUCAAAAUACAUUAUAAAGCAUGUGCAAAGAUUUUAUACCUGCUACUCGUAGAGUGAAAGGGUAUACUUAAUUUGUUAAAUUGCAUUUUAAUCAAAAAAAAAAACGGUUUAUUAUUGAUUUUUGCAAGCACCAUAGAAUCUUUAAAAUAUCAACAUCAAUAUGGAAUUUUCCACUUAAAAUAAUAGAUAUGAUAAGAAUUUUAAUAUUACUAUCUGACAUUUAUAAAAUGGAAGAAGCUAUUUUCCACCAAAAAAAAAAAAAACGAUACAUGAAUCAGAAACCUAAUUUAAUUGUCCAGAUACCAGUUUUUUUUUAAAUAACAUUUUUGAUAUUUAACAUUCCCAAAAUGAAAAAAACAAAAUGAAAAAUGUCGUAACCAAGUAUCAGAAAAAGAUAUGAUAAGGCAUAUACUAUAAUCAAAACACCUGACAACUUUUUGAGGGCUUUAGUUCAACAAGUUGAUUAAAGCCAAUGAAUUGUCUAUCAAAAUCUGUUACUUUAUCAAAGACUACUGACGAUUUUGGAUUUUGGAGAUAUGCAUUAAGCA